UAAACACUUGGUAAAAAAAUUUGUUGGCCCUCCCCCUCACUCACGCAGCAGUGCAGCACACACUCUCAUCCUCACUCAACAUACACAAACACGAAAGAGAGAAGAAAUCAGAGAAGAGAAGGGAAGGAAGGAAAGAGAGGACGACGCCGUCUAGGGCUCCGCCACCGUCGCCGUCAUCGUUGAGCGCCAGUGAGAGAGAGAGCUCGAGGAUGAGAGGAAACGCGAUGGAGGAGAGAAAAAGGAGGUGCUCCGUCGCCGCUGAAGCUCCACCACCACUGCUAGGGCUUGUUUAUGUCGCCGUUCUACCACCGUCGGGCUUCUGUGCCCCCGCCGAGGAGCUCGAAGGGAGGAAGGAGGGAUGUAUCGCCGCCUUCGUGCUCUGUCGCGGCGCUGCCGUCGAUUGGAGCUCGCCGCUGAGCUGCUGCACCGUCUCCAAGCCGUUACGUCGCCGCUCAUCUCUUCACUGUCACUGCUCAACACCAUCGUCGUAUCCUCUGUCACCAGUUCGAAGGUGUGUAUGAUUUUGAUA